AUGGUUAAAAAACUCUUCUUUGCCAAAAAAGAUGAGAUCGCCAAAGAGAAGCGCCGCAAACAACUGACAGAGAGCGGCUAUGUAUUUGGCGCUCAUGCAGAGGAGGAUUCCAUUCGAGAGAAGGAUAAAAGGUUGGCCAAGACCAAGAGGAUGUACUGCCACGCUUUGGAUCGUUGGAUGGAAUUCGCUGAAGAACAAGGUAUCGAGGGCUACAAAAUAGGGCCAGGCUGUGUAACUCCAGACCACACGCUCAUCAAAGAAUUUCUGCGCUGGUACAGUCAUUCUGCGCGAGGGAAAAAAAGUAAAAAUGGCCGGCCAGUGAUGACAUCGGUAGUCAAUUGUGCGGAAAGGUUGUUUGGUGGGUUUGAAGAAAAAUUGCAGAUCAAAAUCGUGAUGGAAGACCGGAGUGAGAUUUUCAAUUGGAUAAGGAAAACAUUGUCAGAAACGGAAGGAAUAGUUGAGAACGUCGAGGAUCCAGACCACAGCUUCACCAAGAAGGAUUUUCUUCGAAUGAUAUGCUCUAUGUGGCAAGCGGAUCAUCGCCGGUUUAUGCCCGGAUUGCUCAAGGUCAUCAUCAUGCUAGCUCUCCAGCUAUACCUCUUCACUGGAGCAAGGAUUGGAGCUUUUAUACCACCCCACGAAGAAAGAUAUGAACGAGGCCUACGAUAUGAGGUGAGGGCCCUUUAA